GGUUAAAAAUACUACUGCGCAUGUACGUGCACUAUGCUCCGCCAUCCAGUGGGGUAAUCGUCUUCCUCUUUGGAGAGAACUUCGCCUGCCUGCCUAUGCAUUGGAUUUGACUAUAUUUGUGUUUCGGUCCUCGGUAUGGACUCUCAAAAAGAGGCCUUACAGAGAAUAAUCACCACGUUGGCCAAUAAAAAUGAGGAGCUCCAUAACUUCAUGGAAACACUUAGUCACUCUCUGGCUGGUGUCCAGGUGAACUGCCCACAGGCAGUGUCCGACCUGGAGGAGGAGUUUGACAGGUUAUUCACCAUCCUGGUUGAGAUGAAGGAGAGUAUGAUCAACACCAUCAAACAGGAAGGGGCCAAGAAGACACAGGAACUACAGCAUCAACUGACACAGAGCGGCGGUGCCUUGAAGAGCGCAGUGGAGCUGCUGGAGUUUGCAAACAAUGCUCUGGAUAUUAAAGACGAGGAUGAGUUCACUAAGGCUGCCAAGCAGAUCAAAGAUAGGGUAACAAUGGCACCAGCCUUCAGACUGACCAUGAAGCCCAAGGCCACAGAUAACAUGGACCAUCUCAUGGUGGACUUCAACCAGGAACGGCAACUCCUCCAGAACCUCAAGUUUCUGCCUGUCCCUCGAGCCCCAGAGAUGGAGGUAGGGGACUGUCUGGUGUUAGACAACACUGUGUCCUUAGCCUGGAAGAUGCCAGUGGAGGACAGCAAGAUAGACCACUACAUACUGGAGUACAGAAAGACCGACCACGAAGGACUGCCACGCAUCAAAGACGAACGGUGCUGGGAGGUGGUGGACAACAUCAAGACCACAGAAUACUCACUGUCCGGUUUAAAGUUUGACUCGAAGUUCAUGAACUUCCGGGUACGAGCUUGCAACAAGGCAGCAGCUGGAGAAUACUCGGAUCCAGUUACCCUGGAAACCAGAGCGUUUAACUUCGGUUUCGACUCGUCGUCGUCCCAUCUGAACCUGAAGGUAGAGGACAGGAGUGUGGAGUGGGACCCCCAGGGAGGCAAGGGGCUGGAGAGCAAGGUCAAGGGCAAGGAGAACAAGGGCAGCGCUCAUCUUACCAAUCUGAAGAACAUGUCAAGAAGUGGAACUCCGUCUCCCAAGAGAACAUCAACGACACGGUCGCCUGCCAUCAGAGGAGGCAGAGACCGGUUCACUGGAGAGUCCUACACCGUGCUAGGUGAUACCAGUAUGGACUGUGGUCAACACUACUGGGAGGUGAAAGCCCUUAAAGACUGUAAGUCCUACAGUGUUGGGGUCUCCUACAGGAACCUGGGAAAGUUUGACCAGCUGGGUAAGACCAACACUACCUGGUGUAUCCACAUCAACAACUGGCUACAGCCCUCCUUCGCUGCCAAGCACAACAACAAGGCCAAGAGCCUGGACGGCACCGCGCCUGGACGCAUCGGGGUCUUCUGUGACCUGGACUCAGGACAACUGUCCUUCUACAACGCUGAAACCAAGCAGUUGAUCCACACGUUCAAGGCUAAGUUUAGCCAACCUGUAGUACCAGCCUUCAUGGUGUGGUGCGGAGGACUGAGCCUCAGUACAGGCAUGCAAGUCCCCAGUGCAGUCAAGAGUUUCCAGAAGACCGAGAACGGCCUGGGAGGAUCCAACAGCAGCCUCAACAGCAUGGCCCAGUAGCCCACACACUCACGGGCUACAUCUGGAACAGCACCCUAUUCUCUACUCAGUGCACUACUGUUGCUCUAUGCGGGCUCUAGUCAAACGUAGUGCACUAUAUAGGGAAUAGGGUUCUAUAGGGCUCUGUUCUAAAGUAGUGCACUAUAUAGGGAAUAGGGUUCCAUAGGGCUCUGGUCUAAAGUAGUGCACUAUAUAGGGAAUAGGGUUCCAUAGGGCUCUGGUCUAAAGUAGUGCACUACAUAGGGAAUAGGGUUCCAUUUCAGACGCAACCAAUUAUGAACUGAACAUGCUCCUCUGACUUCCUGCUUUCUGUGCAAGUACAACCCCUUCCUGUUUCUGAUCUGUCAGUCAACCCAAGCUGCCCGCUUCAGAUGCACUGCGAGACAUGAGAAAAGCUGAGCAUUGGAGGAACAAAACCAGCCUCGCCUUCACUCCUCUCGCAGUUUAACCAAGCCGCUCCAGACCCUUAGAGGGUGUCAUCACGCAUCAGGGCUCUCCAAGCCUGUUCCUGGAGAGCUACCGUCCUGUAGGUUUCCACUGACCCUAACCUAGCACCUGAUUCUAAUAAUAAUAGCUGAUUGAUAAGCUGAAUCAUGGGUUGGAGCAAACUUACAGGGGGGGGUAGCUCUUCAGGAACAACCAAUAACCCAGCUGCAGCAUUAAGGGUUAGUGGAACCCUCUUUACAAUGUUCCAAAUCGCUUAGGGUUCGAAUAUUAAAUUAAGAUUCUCAUUCUGGAUCAGGAAUGCUAGACGUUUAAUCAGGGAAUAGAUGAGUGCACUUAGUUUUUUUUUUUCCUUUUUGUUUUAGUUAGAAUGCUGAGUUUUUAGAUCAUUCUGUCUCUCUCUGAAGUGUGAAUGUCUGUUUUAUGGCAUGCCGAGAAAACCAACCUGAUUACUUAACAGCUCCUAUAUUGACUCGUGUGUGUGUGUGUGUGUGUGUGUGUGUGUGACUAUGGCAGUCAUGUCAGUGAAUGGAUUAUAACUCCUCCCUCUCUCGUAGAGGCGUCGUUUUGGUUUGAUCCCUCAGUCUCUUCACUACUGAACAAUACCUUGUCUGAACUAAACUGCAGGUUUGCACACAAUACAGUACCUGAAGUUAGGGUUGACUUAAGUGAUGGAGAACUGUUGCACAGGGAAUGAUAACAUGUGAUGCAGUUCUGUUUUCGUCUCGUGCUUACAUGUCCUGUGCACCAGGCUCAGUGUGACCCAAAUCACACCCUAUUCCCUAUAUAAAGUGCACUACUUUUGACCAGGGCCCCUAUGACGAUCCCUGGUCAUGCACUAAGGCCCUAUGGGGCCUGGGCAAAAGUAGUGCCCUAUAUAGGGAACAGGGUGCCAUUUGGGAAGCAGUCUUGGAACCUAGACGUCAAGAGUGUGGUGAUCUGUGUCUGUACGUCAUUGAGAAGUGUGUGUGUUCCUAUUCAUAUCUUAUGGCACCUUAUUCCCAUUUUAUAGUGCACUAGUGCCCUAAAUAGGGAAUAGGGUGCCUUUAAGGACCCUCCUAUUACUGUACCUUUUUAAAGCGUUCAGAGGUUCAUCUCAUGAUAUCGCUCACAAACGGCAGUUCUUAAAAAUGAGGUACAUUUUUAAAGCGUUCAGAGGUUCAGAUAUACACUGAGAGUGCAAAACAUUAAGAACACCCCUUUUUGCCCUCAGAACAACCUCCAUUUGUGGGGGCAUGAACAAGAUUUUGAAAGCGUUCCACAGGGAUGCUGGGCCCAUGUUAACUCCCAAUGCUUCCCCACAGUUGUGUCAUGUUGGCUGGAUGUCCUUUGGGUGGUGGACCAUUCUUGAUACACACGGGAAACUGUUGAGUGUGAAAAAACCCAGCAGCUUUGCAGUUCUUGACACAUUCAAACUGGUGCGCCUGGAACCUACUACCAUACCCAUUCAAAGACACUUAAAUCUUUUGCCUUACCCAUUUACCCUCUGAAUGAUACACAUACUCUAUCCAUGUCAUCUACACUGAUUUAAAGUGGAUUUAACAAGUGACAUCAUAAGGGAUCAUAGCUUUCACCUGGUCAGUCAUGGAAAGAGCAGGUGUUCCUAAUGUUUUGUCCACUCAGUGUCUACAUGAUUAUAUUGAUACAUAAGGUCAUCAUCAGUUAGAAUGAGAUGUCUGUCAUAUUGUGUCUAAACCACCAAAGAUUAUGUUUAGUGAGGGGAAAUUGAUAUGGGAAUACUUUAUAUUCUGCCACCUGGUGUCUGGAUGAUGUCACUACAAUAAUUCAGGACGAGAUCCUAAAGCCAGACACAUCUCUCUUUCUGACCACUACAGCCAGACACUUCUCUGACCACUGCACACUACAGCCAGACACUUCUCUGACCACUACAGCCAGACACUUCUCUGACCACUGCACACUACAGCCAGACACUUCUCUGACCACUACAGCCAGACACUUCUCUGACCACUGCACACAAUAACUUUCUUCAUACAUUUACUUAGUUUGGUGAUUUUGUUUUGAAAUAAUAAUUUUAUUUGACAGAAUUUAGGCAUAUCAGUGGUCUCAAUGCUGAAUAUGUCACAUUUGACCUGGAUUAUUAGAGAGAGACUGAUUCAAACUAAAUAACGGACCCUUUUGUGCAUCAAUAUCAUGUUGUGUAUACUGGUCGAACUCUUUUCAAUGUUUGGUUAUUUCCUUUUCCUACCAUGUUUUCCUUCUUCCUGCUGUUCUGUGUUGGGCCGUUCGGGGGAGAAGGACAUCUCCGCUUGUCUUCAUGUGGGCCAACCUUUUCAGUUAUACUGUAUUCACAUUGUUUUGUGAUAUUUGACUGCAAACAUGUGACUCUUUAGAUAUGUCCACCUCUCCAUUGAAGCACCAAAUAAACUGUUUUCACCCCCUGGAAA